AACCAACACAAAUUUAAAGAGCUGGGAGCCGGCGGUGAGGUGACAAACACCGGUGGUGGUGGUAGUGGGCGGCGACCAGUGAUGAGCGGCCAAUGGGGCCAACUGGUAGCAAAUUUGAGAUAGUCGCAAUGGAUGAUUUGGAAAGAUGUAAUUUCAAUUCGGUUGAUGAAGAAAUAAGUUAUUGGAAAGAGCUUGCUCUGAAAUACCAACAUUGUGCACAGAAUUCUCGGGAUGAACUAAUUGAGUUCCAGGAAGGAAGUCGGGAACUAGAAGCAGAAUUGGAAAUUCAACUCGAGCAUGCUGAAAAUAGAAAUCGUGAAUUGCUGUCCGACAACAAUCGUCUCCGUAUGGAGCUUGAGUUGUUUAAGGAAAAGCUAGAAGAACACCAUUCGGAGAAUUAUAAACGCGUUCUGCAAGAUGGGCUCACUGAAACCACAGCAGUUAAAGAUCAACUGCAAAAGUACAUCAGAGAACUGGAACAAGCCAAUGACGACUUGGAAAGGGCAAAAAGAGCGACUAUUAUGUCCCUGGAAGACUUUGAGCAGCGCCUGAACCAGGCAAUUGAGAGAAACGCCUUCCUGGAGAGUGAACUCGAUGAAAAAGAAAACCUUCUGGUUUCUGUACAAAGACUGAAAGAUGAAGCAAGAUCAGCCAUGAUCAUAUUGAAUGGCGGUGCAGGCUCGAAGGGCCGAAAGGCCUACUCCUGCACCUAAUUUCUAUGUUUCUAUGUAACUGCACGAAACUCAACACAACUGCACGAAACUCAACACAACUCAACUCAACUGCACUGAACUCAACUCAACAACAUCCGUUGUGUGGAUCCCUGGGAUUCCUGCUUCA